AUGUCUCCAAAUGAGCAGGCCAUGAAGCCAACAACUAGUCCAAAUUCCAAGAUCAAGGCGAGAGACAAGGAGAGAGAGAAGAGAGUCAAAAUGGUACCCAAGCAGCAGACGGAACGCCUCAAGACAGUCGUUCGUAGGUUACCGCCCAAUCUCCCCGAGGACAUCUUCUGGCAGAGUGUCCAGCAGUGGGUCACGGCCGAAACGGCUACGUGGAAAUCUUAUCACCAGGGCAAGUUCAGAAAACGGUUGAACAAGGAAAAUAUACCUUCGCGCGCAUACAUUGUGUUUAAGGACGAGGAGCUUUUGGCAAACUUCAGUAGGGAAUACGACGGACAUCUAUUUAGAGAUAAAGCAGGUAACGAGUCCGUCGCCGUGGUGGAGUUCGCUCCAUUUCAAAAAGUACCAUCUGAGAAGAAAAAGGCGGACGGGAGGAUGGGAACAAUCGAGAAAGACGAAGAUUACGUCUCAUUUCUGGCAUCUUUGCAAGAUGGGUCUGCGAAGCAAUCUGAUAUAGACAAUUAUGAUCAACUACUCGCUGCAUCACAGCCUCCUCCUCAACCUACCACUACCCCCUUAUUGGAGGCGUUGAAGGCUGAGAAGUCUGCGCUGAAGGACAAGGAGGCGAUCCUCCGAAACCAUGCACACUACAAGGACCACAAUCCAGCGCAAAGUGCAUCGGCGAAAAAAGACGACGCAAAGAAGAAAAGUGCUGCUACUCCUGGCCCCGCGACUGCCACCAAACAUGCCGAGGCUCAGGGGAACAAGAAGUCCACGAAGAAGCCUGCCGCUGUGGGGAAAGCAGCGCAUCAGCACCAACCUCAGCAGUCUGCCUCGUCCAACGCGCCUGCUCACGGAGUUGCUACAGGUGCGCAGCCGAAGGUACAAUCGACGCCAGCAACCCCACCCAAGGCACCGCGUCCUCCACGCGAGCGUCAUCCCAAACCCCCUGUUCCCUUAGCCGCACCAACAGGCCCCUCCGCGCCCACUGCACACAGCUCUGAAGGCGUAUCAACAGCCCAGACCGACUCUUCAGCGGCCGCUCCACCUGCUGCAACUCGCCGCGUGCGUCCUAUGCUGGGCCUCGGUUCGCGUCAGUUCGAGGCUGCACUCAGCGGUGCAGGGAUGCCCGUCAGUAGCGGCGAGCGGCGGCCCCGCAGAGAACGCGAGAAGGAGAAAGCCAAGGAGAAAGAGUCCAACGACAUAGUCUCAGCUACUCCUACUGGCGCUGCAGACACUCAUGUCAAGGGCCCUAGCAGACCACGGGAGGAGCGGCGCGGCGCAUCGAGCGCUCCCAGCUCGCAGCGGGUUCCAUCCAAUAGAGCUGCCCCUCCGGCGCCGUUGAUCAUGCAGCGCGACGGACAGCCUACACCGCCAAAGAUCCUUGGGACUUCAGCCGGUGGCGAGUCUGUUCAUGGGCAUGAGGAAGCCACCAGUCCUAGAAGCGGGGGAAGACCGAGAGGAAGGGGUCGUGGUCGAGGUGGUGCUAGAGGUGGCGGGUAG